AUGCGCGACAGUUGUUCCGCCACACUUUACGGCAGCGCACGUCAACUUUAUCAGCAGGAGUUUUUCUUGUCAUGCGCAUUGGACUUCCCCGUGUAGAGGCGCUGCCAGGUGGAUCAACCCGAGCUUGGCUUCUGACGCUGCCCCUGAGUGUGUUUAUGUUCCAGCUGCUGAGGACUGUCGGACUGAGGGCCUUCUCCAUGGCUUCUGAGACGUACACGUCGGGCACGCACUCGGCCGCCUUUGUCACCUGCCCCAACGACACUGUGGCCAAAGACCUGGCCAGAGGCAUCGUGCAGCAGAAACUGGCCGCCUGUGUCAACAUUGUACCUGCAAUCACGUCCAUAUACGAAUGGCAGGGGGAGAUCCAGGAGGACAGCGAGGUUCUGCUGAUGAUUAAAACUAGAAGCUCCAAGGUUCCCGCUCUCACCAAUUAUGUCCGUAAGAACCAUCCCUACGAGGUGGCCGAGGUCAUCAGCCUGCCCGUCGACCAGGGCAACCCUCCCUACCUCAAGUGGAUUGGAGACACUGUGCCGGAAUAAGGACCGAUGAGGGAUGAGGCUGGGUGAUUAUGCAAAUUAUGACAUCACGAUCCAUCAGUCUUAAGGUGAAAUAACUUUAGGACAACGCACCUUUUGCUCAUUUUUUCCUGUGUUGAUUUAUUCGCCUCUAGGGGGCGCCAUGCCUGUUUACUCUUCUCAACUGGUUGGGCUGCAGGCGCCACUGUGAAUAUUUCUUAAUAAUCGUGAUGAUUAUAGUGAACCGCUAAUACAAAUCCCAAAUUCAGUAUGUCGUCAAAGUUGCAAAAUUGUCAAAAAGUUCAAUAUGCACAUUGGAAAAAUUAAAUGCAAAAAACUU